AGGGGGUAAGUGAAAAAAGGAGUCAUAGUGAAGCAGAGUAAAGUAUAAUUUUCCCUAUAAACUUUGUUGUAUAUUUCACAAGACCAAUGGGGUAACAGGUCUUAAUUAUCUAUCUUAUGGUCUAAAAUAAUGAUAAUAAUAAGAUGUGCUUUUUUAGGCAUACCAUCGUUUAACUUGACCAAAUAAAUCAACCCCAAGUUAGGUUAGUAAUUUACAAUCUGUGUAUCACAAAAUGAAAUCACCAAAGAGCCAAAUUAACCAACUCUUUUGGGUGCACGUGAGAUUUUGACGAGUCCAUGAAAUGUUAUAGAUCACUAACAAAUGAAUUAUUCUUCAGCAAGCUAUAUAUGAUCACAAGUUUGGAGUUUGAAACCUAUUACUUUUGUUUCUUUAAAUAGUAAAUGUCAAUAUGAUUAAGAUGUAAAGUUAAUUUUGUACUAAGUUGCCUCUCUGUCACACAAGGCAAAGGAAGCACGUACCUCCUUGAGUUUGAUAGACCAACCACGCUAUACUAAUAAAAAAUGCAUUCCAGUCCACGGCACAAUAGCACCACAAAGAUUUACUAAAGGAAAAAUAAAAAAGAAAAAAGAAAAAUGUAAUUGUCAUACAUGCGUAAAUAACUUGCUGCGCUAUAUAAUAGAUGGUGAUACAACAUGUUUGAACAUUAUAUGCAUAUUACAUUAUUACUAUUCCAUAGCAUUGAACAAACAUGUCAUAAAUUUUAUUUCAUCAGAUAGAAAACUUUAAUUUGACAUGCCAAUAGGCAUACAAGUGUCUCCAACUCUACAAUUUACAAUAUACAUUGGGAUAACUUUUCAGCAGUCAAUUUUCAAAAUGAGAAAUUUAUCUAUUAGAUGUAAUUCUGGUUGGCUGAUGAUUCUUAUUGACUUUGUAAGCUGGCUUAUUGAAUUGAUGUAAUAUCCUUUUUGCCAUGCUACUUUUUGGUUUGAAAGAAGGGAUGCUUAGUCCUAAAAAAAACAAAAUUGUCAGAGACAGCUGCUAUCAGAGAGAGAGAGAGGACUUCAUAAUUCUCUCUCUCUCUAGCUCUUUUGGUAGGGUGAAGCUAGCAGAAACAUGGAUGCUGAAAAAAUAGUCAUGUCUUUGAUUCUGAUCAUUCUUUUGUUUCCAUUUUGCACUUCCCUUAACACCUUCACACCAGACCAAUCCAUCAAGGAUGGCCAAUCUUUGAUUUCCAAAGAAAAUAAUUUUGCCUUAGGCUUCUUCAGCCCCAGCAACUCCAGCUAUCGGUAUCUUGGUAUCUGGUAUGUUAAAGUGACAAAACAAACUGUUGUUUGGGUUGCGAACAGGAAUGAUCCUGUCAAAGAUUCCUCUGGAGUUCUCUCCAUCAACCAGUUUGGAAAUCUUGUCCUCCAUGACAGUUUUAACCGUCUUCUUUGGUCUACAAAUGUUUCUGUCCAAGAGACAACCUCCUGUGUUGCUCAGCUUCAAGAUUCAGGAAACCUGGUAUUGAUUCAGGGCAAUAACAAAAAGGUGUUAUGGCAAAGCUUUGACUAUCCUACAGACACUUUGCUUCCAAACAUGAGGCUUGGGUUGAAUCGGAUAAUUGGGCUAGACAGGUUCCUGACAUCUUGGAAGUCAGAAGAUGACCCUGGAACUGGGGACUACUUCUAUAAGAUGAAUCCUACUGGCUCUCCACAGGUCUCCUUAUAUAAGGGUUCGACCCUUUAUUGGCGGUCAGAUCCAUGGCCAUGGAAAACAUCAUCAUCAGCAGCAGCAUCAGUCUCAUCGGUUUUUUAUAACGAUUUUGUUAACAACAAAGAUGAAGUAUCUUACGCAUUCUUUUUGGACGACCUCUCCAUCAUUUCUAGACUAGUGGUUGACAAUUCCGGAUUGCUCCAAAACCUUAUGUGGAAUGAUGAUGAUCUUCAAUGGAAGGAAUCCUGGUCAGCACGUAAAUACCAGUGUGAUUACUAUGGACACUGUGGUCCAAAUAGUAAAUGUGUUCUUGAUUCGGAUGACAAUUCUAAUAAGUUCGAGUGUACAUGUUUGCCAGGGUAUGAACCCAAGUCACCAAAGGAUUGGUAUCUCAGAGAUGGUUCUGGGGGGUGUGUAAGGAAGCAGCCGGGGUUUUCUAUGUGUGGAAAUGGAGAAGGGUUUGUGAAGUUGACACGUUUGAAGGGUCCAGAUUCAUCCAAUGCAGCGUGGAUGGACAUGAGUAUGAGUAGCUCAGAGUGCGAGAAGGCAUGCUUGAGUAAUUGUUCUUGCACAGCUUUUACCAGCAUGAAUAUUGAUGGGAAGGGGACCCGCUGUUUGGCAUGGUAUGGUGAAUUGAUGGACAUUUCAGAGAAUACAUUAGAACCGUGGGAUCUAAAUGUACGUGUGGAUGCAACGGAGUUAGCUACUUACACUAGGAAGUCCAAAGGUUUUCUUGGCCCCAAGGGGCGGAGGGCUGUUAUAAUUAUAUCUGUUUCUGUGCCAUUGUUUCUGGUGUCCUUGAUAGCCUAUAUGUGGCUAAUGAAGAGGAAAAAAAAAGUGAAGAGAAAUUUGCAAAAUCAAUCAUUAUCUUUUAUUGGCACCAAAGACUCUUUGGAGGGGAAUGAGCUUGAGGACAAUAGUAGACAUCCUGAUUUAUCAAUUUUCGAUCUAAGUCGCAUAGUUUCUGCCACUGACAAUUUCUCUCCGUCCAACAAACUUGGGCAAGGUGGUUUUGGCUCUGUUUUUAAGGGUCAAUUACCUAAUGGACAACAAAUAGCUGUAAAAAGGCUAUCCAAGAGUUCAGGACAAGGAAUAGAAGAAUUCAAAAAUGAAGUUACUUUGAUUGCAAAACUUCAACAUAGGAAUCUUGUCAAAAUUUUUGGCUGUUGCAUUCAAGAGGAAGAAAAGAUGCUGAUUUAUGAGUACAUGCCCAACAAAAGCUUGGACUCCUUCAUUUUUGAUCCUACAAGAAGUUCAUUGCUAAAUUGGAGGAAACGCUUUGAAAUCAUCGUUGGGAUUGCUCGUGGAAUUUUGUAUCUUCAUCAAGACUCAAGAUUAAGAAUUAUUCAUAGAGAUCUGAAAACCAGCAAUAUUCUACUAGAUGAUGAGAUGAACCCCAAAAUUUCUGAUUUUGGCAUAGCCCGUAUAUUCAAAGGGGACCAAAUCCAAGACAAGACAAACAGAGUUGUUGGAACAUAUGGUUAUAUGUCACCGGAGUAUGCUGUAUUUGGAAAAUUUUCAACAAAAUCAGAUGUCUUUAGUUUUGGUGUCAUAAUGUUGGAGAUCGUAAGUGGCCAGAAGAACAACAAUUCGUAUCAAGAGCAUACUUCCCUAACUUUGAUCGGGCAUGUUUGGGAACUAUGGAGAGAAGAUAAAGCUAUGGAUAUAGUUGAUUCAUCGCUAAAUGAGUCAUUUGUUUCUCAAGAAGUCUUGAGAUGCAUUCAAGUUGGGCUCUUAUGUGUGCAAGAAGACGCAAUGGAUCGACCAACAAUGUUGGCAGUUCAUCUCAUGCUAAGUAGUGAAAUAACUCUUCCUUCUCCAAAAGAGCCUGCCUUCAUUUUCAGAAGAACAGGCAAUGAUCUAGGAUCAACCACAGGAGAGGGAUCUCACUCUAUAGACCGCGUGACAAUAACUAAGCUUGAAGCUCGCUAAAGUUGAAGAUUUGAGUUAGCUGUAUCUUAUUGCUUCUACAUGGAUUUAUGGGAAAAAUUAACAUUUACUCUUUUUGUAUUAAAGAACAAUUAUAUAAUUUCUUAUUCUUUUUUCUCUUUUCUUUCUUUCCUUUUUGUACCAAGCAAUUCAAAAUUAAAAUAUAAAUGCUGGUGAAAACAGCCUACUUCAGUGGAA